UACUGGGUGGCUACAAAUUAAAUUCCUCUCUUCUUCUUCUUCAUCCAUCAAUCAUUCACCGACCGGCAACCAUGUUCAAAUCCGGCGAUGACCACCGCCUCCCGGACUGCGUCUACGUCGAGCCGCCGGCAUCAGUCCGGCCGGCCGGCGACACUCCAAAGCACGUCCUCUAUCUCUCUAACCUCGAUCAUCAAAAGUUCCUCAGAUUCCAAAUCAGAUAUCUCUACGUUUUCAAACGCGCCGUCACCGCCGCCGCCCUCAAGGACUCCCUCUCCCGGAUUCUCGUCCCCUACUAUCCGCUCGCUGGCCGCCUCCGGAGAUGCGCCCCAACGGAAACACACCAUGCUGAAGACGCCGCCGACGACGACGAUAAGCUUGAAAUCGACUGCAAUGGCGAAGGCGCCAUUUUCUCGGCGGCGAAAAUGGACAUCACGGCGGAGGAGUUUCUGCAACUGGCGGUGAAGCCCAACAGGUCGUUGAGGAAGUUAUUGUGCAGUGCUGCUGUCGAACCUCAGAGCUUCCUCGACAUUCCUCCUCUCGUCGUUCAGGUGACGAAUCUCCGAUGUGGAGGAAUGAUCCUCUGCACCGCAAUCAGUCACUGUUUCUGCGACGGGAUUGGCACGUCACAGUUCCUGCACGCGUGGGCCCACGAGACCGCCCAAUUAGGAGGCGCCAGCUCAGCACUAAUCCAACCAUUCCACUCGCGCCACGUGUUGAAACCCCGCAGCCCACCGCGUGUGAGUUUCCCGCAUCCAGGAUUUACCAACAUUACCCCUGACUCCUCCAGCAUCCACCACGUGCUGCAAUCUCAGCCCUUGAUCCCUUCGUCCCUAACGUUCUCAACGGCCCAGAUCCUCCGCCUGAAGCGGCGGCUCCCGCCGUCGAUCAAAUGCACAACCUUCGAGGUCCUCGCGUGCCACACGUGGCGGUGCUGGGUCAGAUCCCUGGGGCUGCACCUCCACUCUUCCAUGGCCGUCAAGCUUCUCUUCUCCGUCAACGUCCGGAAGGUGUUCGACGAAAUGCCCCAAGGGUACUACGGCAACGGGUUCGUGCUGGCCUCCGCGGAGGCCGACGCUAACGAGCUGGUUGCGCCGGCAGGGCUGCACGACGGGGUGAAGCUCGUGCAGCAGGCGAAGUCGAGGAUCACGGCGGAGUACGUCCGGUCGAUGAUCGAUCUGAUGGAGGAAGAUCCGACGGUCAGGGUCGACCAAUCUUCCAGCCUGGUGAUAUCACAGUGGUCCAGAUUAGGGUUACACGAAUUGGAUUUCGGACAAGGGAAGCCACUCCAUAUGGGACCUUUAAGCAGCUACAUUUACUGCGUCUUCUUGCCGGUGAUCGGCGAAUCCGAUGCUGUCAGAGUGCUCCUGUCAAUGCCAGAAAGCGUCGUCUACAAGUUCGAGUUUUACAUGACUGAAUUAUCUUCUGGAAUGUUUGGGGAAUCAGCAGAUCAAGAGGAAGAAGAAGAAGAUGCCAACAAACAGUAUGGAGUUGGUAAUCUGAAAAUGGUUUCAGUUUGAUGAUCAUUACUUCGUUAAUUUUUGCAUUCCAAUGUUAAUUAUUAAUUAAUUAAUUAAGGGUUUGUGUGAAAGUCGAGAAGAAUUGAAUUAAGUAUAUUAUAUAUGUAAAUAAAAUUCUUCGAGAGUGUAUUUGUGACUACUAUCUACUUGCUUAUAUCAUUGUCAUGUAUGAUCAUGAUCUUGAUCUCGAUCUUGAUCU